AUGGCCCCAACCAAUGAGUAUCAACAGCAUCACACGUUGACUGUGGCCCGUGACGCAUCCAGCAUCCAGCAGCCAUUCGCAACCACGAAGCCGCAUCUGUCCGUGCCUUGGCCACUUGUGCCACCGUCGAGCCACGACUUCGACAUGUCUUCCAUGGCCAAGGUCUUCUCAGCUCGUCAGGAGCGCGCCUCCAGGCUCCAAGCAGGCGCAAACGCCUACUCUGCCGGCAUCGCUCGGGUUGCGGGCGAGGUCGUCCCGCUCUCGGAGGCCAAGAUUCCGCUCAUCGACCAAGGAUUCCUGUACAGCGACUUGACGUACGACGUUGUCUCCGUGUGCAACGGCCGCUUCUUCGGACUCGAGGACCACAUGGACCGCCUGGAAGCAAGCCGUUUGCGGGCCAGGCUCCAACUGCCGCCGCCCAGGGAAGAUGUCAAGCGAAUCCUCGCCGACAUGGUCCGCCCGGCGCCGUAG